AUGAGCUUGGAGCAGCUGGAGGUGGGGGGCGGUGGGACCGUAGACGUUUUUUUUGUUGUCGCCACUGUCAUUGUUUCCAUCAUCAUCGCUGGAUUCAUUGCACGUUGUUUGUUUGGCUCUCGUGGAGCCUCCUCACGUCAUCGUCACACGUUGUUGAUGAUUGGACUCUGUGGAAGUGGGAAGACGACGCUUUUUGCACAGCUGGUUGCGCGGAAGUGUGUCUCUACGCGAACAAGCAUGGAACCCAAUCGUGCAGCCAUGAAGCGGCGUGCAGUUUUGUGUAGUACGGAUAAAGGCGUGUUCCCAUCUGUCGCGCCGUCUAUGCUUGGAAAUGGUGUGGACGCGUCUGUGGUGGUUGUAGACUUUCCUGGGCAUCGUCGUCUGCGCGAGUCGCUUUUGCCUGCACUCGAGGAGGCAAAGAAUGUUGUGGUGGUGGUGGACGCUGUAACCAUUCAGGACGACCGCCAUGAAGGCGCCCAGGCGCUCGCGGAGCUUCUUCUCUCUGUCUUUACCUCCUCGGCGUUUUACGGUGUUCAACGUGUACUAGUGGCAUGCACAAAGCGGGAUGAGCUGACGAGCUACUCCGCCAAGGCGGUACGGAAGCUGCUCGAGGUGGAUAUCACCCGCUGCAUCACGUCUCGCCAGGGUGACCUGCAGAGCCUUGACAACAUUCUUAACUCGGCUGGGGUUGUGGUGGGACGCAGCAAAAAUAAUUCAGGCAGUGGCAGGAGCAGCUGCGGCAGGGACUGUCGCGCUCACCAAUUAUCGCUGGGUGAGGCCGGUAAGUUUACGUUUGACGCAUUUCCCGUUCCUGUACAAUUUGUGGAUGUUUCCUCCAUGGUGGAUCCGUCGCGGCACCCGUUUAACGUGGAGCCCGUAUGGGACUUUGUGGAGGGACGCAUUUGA